CUUGUAAGAAGUGGACUCUUACUCUGCAUUGCAUGUGCAUUGCAGUCGUGGCAGCUUCAAAAUCGUUUUCUCGCGGUUCACUCGGUCUUGGAGGGUCUUGGCUUUUGUGCGGAGGUGCAUGCGCGAGGCCUCUCGUGAAUCACUGUCAAUGAUAUAUAUAGUCCUCAACUCUUUGACUUGACUUCUGUAUCUACAACUUCAAAUCACACUUCUUUGCUUCAUUCACAUUCAAAUCAACCAAAAUGGUCAACUUCCACGAGAGCUCUUCUGACAUCGAGCUUGAGGACGGUCACAUCCUCGUCGCUCAGUGCAACGAUGCUGAUGGUGAACCUCAAGAGUCUCGUCUUGAUCUCGACUACUACAUCGGCAACAACGACGGUGCUUUCUACUGGGGUGGCGAGGGCUUCUCUGGCUCUGCUUCCGACAUCACCUUCGAACUUGAGGGCGACGACAACGUUCCUGUCCUCCGCGCUCUCCUCAACCCCGUUGACGGAGAUCCUGUUGAGGCUAACGUCAACCUCGCUGAGUGCAUUGGCAACGACAACGGCACUCUUGUCUACGUCCCUCCCCAGUAAGCGAACUCAUGGACUUUGAGGGUAGGAUUCAGGCGGAAACACAGUCAAACAAAUAAAGUAAAAUUACCAACCA